AAUACGGUAUGAAAUAUCGUAGAUUUUGUACAACCUCGAAAGUACGACCAAUUUGGCAGAUCUCACGCAAUCCCGUUGAACAAUCAAUUUAAACAAUUUUUUGUGUCGCACCAGCGCCGUUGCUCGUUAUACUACGUUUUUCACGCGAUAAUUAAAUGUCAUUUUUGUUUUAUAAAUGGCACGCGUUAUAAUAGCACGCGUAUUCUAAAAAAUUGGCUAAAUAACAAGUUUUAUCGUAGAAAAUAGCAAAACGAAAUUGAGCUGGUAAAGAUGAAACAACAAUAAGAAAAAAUACUUUCACUCGUUGGAACUGAUGCCUUUUGUUCUUUCCAUCCUUCGUCGUAAUUACAGAAUUAAACAUCGCGUUAUAUAGAUCGAUCAUAUAGAUCUUUAAGCAGGUUCAUAUGUUUAGAAAUUUAUUUGAACCUUUAAAUAUCGCAACGAAUAUCAUUUAGCUAAAAUUGCACCAAAGCCGGUAGCAAAUUUUUACGAUUCAAGUUACCACUGUUAUAUCUGGAACUUAAUUUAAUAUCAGUAUAAUAUCAAUUACUACAGGGGAAGGUUGUCUUACAUCGUUUACAAGAUACUAAACUUGAAGAAUCAACGAAUUACACGAGCAAAUUACGACACUUCUCGCCGUUGCGUCGCAUCGCGUCGCUGGUAUUCGAAUGACCGAUUCUGGCGGAAUCAUCGAAAAAAUUCCGAGUCAACGAGCUAAUAUUUCAUGCGCGAUGUUAUGAAGACACGAGAGCAGUAGAUCACAGUCUUUCAAGAUUUCCAGCCAUCUCUAUCCCUCUGUAUACGUGAAUUAGUCAGCGAGACCCGAAGGAAAUGGUGGUUUAUUUUAGGCAUAUCUGAAAAUACGCGCACACGUCCCAUCGUAGAGACUCAGUUGCUUGUCGUUGCCUCGCAAUAGGAUCAUGGCUCUAAAACGGAGUCUACUUUCAAUUACAGUGAUAACGAUUUCCAUCGGUGUAUCGCCGAUCUUCACGUGGAACCCCGAUAUUCACCGCUACGAGAGCUACGAUCUCGAAAAAGGUCCGGUCUUCUACGAAGCCUACUAUCCAGACACCAACGAGGAACCUCGCAGCAACUAUCAACAAAAACGUUAUUUCGAUCAAGGAGCCGUUUUGGAGAAAACCUAUCAAGUACCUUCUGAACGUCUCACGUAUCCGGCAAACAAUAUUCAAGUGGAUAAUUAUGAAAACAGAGCCAACACCAUCCUCCAAAAUGACGAUCGUUUCUUUCUUGAAACGAACACGCAACCUCUGGACGUAAAAGAAAUCUCGAAGCUGGCUAGAAGAGCGAUUUCCCGGGAUUUGGAAAACUGGAACACCCUAGAGGAUUAUUUGGAUCGCGCCAAAUACCAAGAUCUCGUGUUUCGUCGUCGAAUCGUCGUGCCUGACGGCCUCGUGCCGAACUUGCCAGAUUCUUUGAAGGAACAACGCGAUUUGAGAAGAGAUCUGUACGAAGAAAUUCGAGAAGAACCUUUAGCCUUGCCCAGUCGGAUCGAAUCGACCGAAGAUCAAAGAGAUUCGAUCAGAAGAUUGACCGCUCGUGAUCUUGCUGACAGAGAUUCUUUGGGAUCGCUCAAAUCGAUUCGAUACGAGGAUCAACCGACGCGAGAACAGAAAGUGAUACAAGCAGUGAGAACGAGUCAGAUAAACGUGCCAUUAACGAGAGAUACGAAUCCAUCGGAUUCGAGAUCGAUUACAAAUGCUUACCCAACGGAGAACAUCUUUGCACCGCGACCUCAGGUAAUCAAUUACAUUUUUUCCAGGAAACCGGAAAUAACUACGGAGAAUAAGGUUCGAAACUUGCCUGAAACGAAGGAAACUAGUGAACUUAUGCCCAGGAAUUACGGAGAUAAUUUGAUUCAGGAUGAAAUGAAAAAAACAACAGAGAAUAAAGAUGUAAAAGUGACGUCCAUCGAAGUUAGCGAAGUACCUAGACAUAAAACUCGUCACCAUCACGGGGAAUGGCCAAGGCGCGACUAUCCUCACCGUCAUCAGUCCUAAAAUUUAUCAUUUUCACGUAUAUUUUACUCUAAGGGAAGAUAGAAUUGAUUGAUUGUUGAUUUCGAGAUAAAUUUUAAAGGGAGUUUAAAAGGAACGAUAUUUUGUUUUCGGUAUCGCAUACGGUUGAAAUAUUUAUUCGAUAUAUUAUGAUACAACAAUGAUACAAUUUUCUUUAACAAUGCAUAGAUAUUUCGCUACGCCUUGUUCAUUCAAACGUCGCUUUAUCGUCAUAUUUAUGUAACCAUACACACGUACUAACAAGUAAGCGAUAACACCCCGUAUAUAGGAAAAUAUGUAAUUUCUUCCGCGCUCGUGGAAGCAACAACAUGCUGAUAUUCGAUAAAUAAAAUGAUUCAUAUUCAUAUCUUGUACCAUGUACAAAUGUGAUGUGUAAGAAACAAAUAAACGACGGUAAUUGUAAGAAUUUCGAAAAUUGCGUUGAUUUUUAUCUAACAUGAAAGUAUAUUUAUUUCGAAUAUAAUUUUUCGAAAAUAUAUGCAAAUAAAUAGAACGUGUGAAAUAUG